CUCUGGGCGCGGCUAACGCGACGAUGCGCUGCCGCCUGCUCGUCCUCGUCGCGCUGGCGCAGGCGCGACCGCAGCAGUAUGACCCCGAGGGUGGGCGAGGUCCGUCUCGGCCCGCCGUCGCCGGCGUCCCAGGCGCCGCUCCUCGUGCCACUGGCCCUCCGCUCUCCCGGCAGCCGGGCCAGCCGGGGCAGAUUGGGCGCGCGGUGCAGCGAUACCAGUCCUUCGUCAACGGCGCGGCCAAGGUGUCGCGAUGGAUCCACGUGGGGUGCGGCUUUUGGGUCAUCGUCUCCACGCCAGUCUCGCUGAUCUCGUCGGGCGUCUCCCUUCGGCCGGCCGAGAUGAUGCUGUGCGGCUACCUCGGCUUGUUUGGAUUCGUGCUCGCGGGCUGCGAGCUGCCGCUUGCGCGUGGCCUCUUCGAGACAUACUGCCGCUUCCUGUACACGACGCAGGGCAGGCUCCUCUUCAUGGCUCACGUCGCAGUCGUCGCCUGGUCUUGCAAGUACGUCGGCAUCCUCACCAAGGCGAGACGCUGCUACCGCACGCUGCUCCUCUUCAACGCCCUCAUCUCCGCCUACGUGUACAACUCCAAGGCAGCCGCCGCGCUGCACCACUUUGGAGUCGCGGACGAGCGCGCGCAGGGGGAGGUCGGCGACGCCGUCAACCGCGCCAAGGAGGCGCUCGGCGAGGUGUCGUCGAUGAGCCGGCUGCUCGGCGUCGGAAAGAUCUUUGGCUUGGGGAGCAAGCCGCCCGCGCCGCCGCCGGCGCCGCCCAGCGCAUACCGCGACUCAGACUACGGCGGCACGGGCGGCGGCGGCUACGGCGACGGCGGGUACGGCGACGGCGGAGGCGGCUACGGCGGAGGCGGAGCAGGCGGCGGCAGGGGCGGCGGCUAUGGAGGCGGGUCGGCAAAGUCCACCGACCCCGACGACGUCUGGGGCGGCGGGCGGUAGCGGCGGGCGGCGGGAGCUGGGGACAGUGACGGGGUCUCGGCAGGGGAGCGUCCAAUCCCUCGCCGCUGCCGCGGCGCCUCGAGCGUGCGAAAAUGGCUCGCCGAGGCGAGGCUGCUGCGCCAUGGGCUGCGCGCCGCUUCUACACACACAGCAUAGCGCGCUGAAAUCCAGCGGCGCGAGAGGAGAGUGGAGUGGCAUAGCACAGGAAGUUGGCGAGGAAGAGGCGCUUCCGCGCUUCACG